AUGGCGUACGACUCCUCCGACGAUGAGCUACCGGAGCUAAAUGCCAUCCUCGCUCCAAAGCCUCUCAUGGCAACGAGUACAAAUGCCAAUCUUCGACGAUCACCCCGAAAGAAGGGAACAGUAGAACGAUGUCUUUCAGGAUCGCCAGAAAAGAAAAAGCCACAAGAUCGCAAUCUAAGCCCUACCAAGUCCUCACAGCCAGCACCAGCACGACCAACCAACAAGAAAGUUUCUUCACUUGGUAGAAUCAAUCUACCUACGCCAGAGCAGGAACCUGUAUUGUCCCAACGACCAAUUCUUACCGAGUUAUGUUUAACCUCAAACAAUCGUCAAUCACCUGUGAGGGAAGAACGGCCAUUCAAGAUUCCUCAUGUUGACUCUCUGCUAUUGCCUCGGUCAGCCAUUGUGAAGCAGAACGAGCAUGAAACUUCGAAUCGAGUGGUGGGCAAAUCCAAGACUGGAAGUAAGCGUGUAUUACGCGACGACGGAACGUCGAUGAUGUCUCUUAUGACUGAAGCAGCACGGAAAUCUGUGACGAGACAGAGUCUCCAGAAGAAAGCGCAGCAAUCGAGCUAUGCAAGCAGAUUCAUUCUGAAGGAAGCUCGGUGUAACGAUGACGAGGAAGAUUCAAUCGCCGAAGAAGAGGAUGAAGAUACUGAUCUGAGCGGCUUCAUCGUUGAUGAUGACGCGGAGUUGAGCUAUCAUGAUUCCUCAGCGUCAGAAUCCGAUAGAGAGGUCAAACCAAGAAGUAUCAAGCGCAUUGUCGAUCGUCCAAGACGAAGACUUGUCCGUGGUUCGCCUACACGAAGACGUCUGAGCUUCUUGAACGACGACUCAGAUAAUGAAAGAAAGGAUACUUCUCCAGAUACACUCGCUGAUGCAUUCCAGGAUUUGGGACUACAUGAAAAUGACACCAAUUCCGCAACGGGCAUGCAGGCCGAAGUGAUUGAACUUACGUCCUCCCCAAUUGCUUCACCUAAAGUCGAUCUGAAGUCAUACCUCCCGCCAACUUCAAGUCAACCUUCACUCACAGGAAGUAAGCCUGCUAUUCACCCCGACUACCACUCUUCCAAUCCCUUUAAUGGGUCUGAUACUGUUGUGAGAUUGGCACCGCCUGCCUCGCCAACAGUCAUGGCUCCACCGACGAAGAUGACUCGUCACGAUAUCACUGACGAUACGGAAAUCCCGGGAGGUGAAACUCAUGAUGGAUUUAUAACACCUCCAAGAACUCCGCCCAAGUCGAAAAUUCAUUCGCCUUCCAAGCUGUUGUCUCCGUCAAAACGACAACUUGUCCCUCGCUCGCCUCAUCGGCCCAGCAUGGACGCCUUUUGGGAUCACAACGUGGUCAAUGAUUGGAAUGACGAGUUCUCGCCCAAGAAGUCACCAGCCAAGUCACCUAAGAAGGGACUCGCACGCUUCCAGAUCUACUCUGACUUUGAGGACGACGACAAUUUCGUGAACACUAGUAGCGAUUCACUUCCACACUCAUGCACUCCACCUCGACAUCCCAGUUCCAAAUCGCAGUCGCCUAUGAAGAGCCCGGAGAAGGAGGAAAAGAAACGAUUAUUGGAUCUGAAGAGAGCGGCGGUCGCGAAGAAGAAAGACUUUGAUGAUCGGAAAGAACGACUGGCCAUUGAUCUCUUGAAUGAGCUCGACUCGAAGAUAGCCAAAUCUCAACUAUCCACGUUAGCGGCUAGUUCUGGUGGUAUUCAUAUCAUAUGGUCCAAGACUCUCAGAUCGACGGCUGGUCGUGCCAACUGGAAGCGCACUGCAUCCAAGAUUUCAGGAUCACCAAUGAAAGCAGGUAUCACAGAAGGACCAGGAAUCAAAGUCGAACAUUUUGCAAGCAUCGAGCUGGCAGAGAAGAUCAUCGACUCCGAAGAUCGACUUGUCAACACCCUUGCCCACGAAUUUUGCCACUUGACAAACUUCAUGAUCAGCAAUGUCCGUGACCAACCGCAUGGUGCGAGUUUCAAGUCCUGGGCAGCCAAAGUGACCAAUCAUUUGCGGAACAGUGAGGUGGACAUGUGGCGCAAAGUUGAGGUUACCACCAAGCACGACUAUGCCAUCAACCACAAAUAUCUUUGGGUCUGUGUUGGUAGAGAGCAGACAAAUGCGAUGGAGUUCCUCAAUAUUGAAGACGAUGAGGGCUGUGGUGCCGAAUAUGGUCGCCACAGCAAAAGUAUCGACACCACCAAGCAUCGCUGUGGCAAGUGCAAGGGCAAAUUGGUUCAGGUCCGACCAAAACCCAGAGCACCUCCAAGUCCGAAGAAGCAGUUCAGAAAUCGAGAAACGAGCAACACACAGCGCUCCUCAGGAAGCGACGUGGCUAGAAGCAGCAGUCAGGGUACCAUGGGAUGUCAUGUCGAGAUGAUCGAAUUGAGUGACUGA